AUGGUUGUUAGCUGUGAAAUUGACUUUAAGGAUAAUCCAUUUGCAGUUUAUUAUGCGGGUCAACUGAUUUCUGGCAGUGUAGUCCUAAAAGCGGAUAAAGAAAAGCUAGUUAAAGCUAUAGUAUUAAAGAUAAAAGGCUUUGCUAGCACCUGUUGGUCAGAAGAUGAAACCGAUUUGGAUGACAAGACCACAGAAGAGAUUUACAGUGGACACGAGGACUAUAUUCGAUCCAAGGUGGAGCUAUUGGCUGCUGGAGGCAAUAACGUCGCCCUUGAGCCUGGCAGCCAUGUCUAUAAUUUUGCCUGUCAAAUACCCGCUGUGUGCCCCUCCUCCUUUGAAGGCACCCAUGGACGUGUGCGGUACAUGGUAAAUGUCAGACUGAUCAGACCCUGGAAAUUUGAUCAGACCUUCGCACGACCCUUUACCGUGCUCAAAGUAAUGGAUCUCAACAGGGAGGGACUUUUUCUGAGCACGCCCUCCCAUUCGGAGGAUCAGAAGACCUAUAACUGCUGGCCCUGCCGCUCCGAGCCUAUACGGCUUCAAUUGUCGCUGCCCCAGCGAGGCUUCGUGCCCGGCCAGAAGAUACCGGUGGGCGUGCUGGUUACCAAUGACAGUCACAUACGCGUGGAGCAGAUCGAGGCCAGCCUGGUGAUGAUGGUGCUCUACUACAGUCAGCACAGUGUGAAGACGAUCAGCGAGCGAUUUGUGGUCAGCAAGCAACAGGGCGAGGGCGUAACGAGAAACUGCAAGAAGCAGUUCACCUUUGAUCUGCUCGUGCCGGCAACGCCGCCCACCUGCUUUGACUUGUGCCGCAUCAUACAGAUCGCCUACCAGGUGGCGGUGGAGACCAAGGUCAAGGGCUGGCACAUCAACGAGCGUGUCCAUAUGCCCGUCACGAUAGGCAAUGUGCCCUUAACCAGGCAGCUGACACAACAGCCACGCCCCAUUCCCAUUGAAGUCGAGGUUGUGGCACAGCAGCUGGACGAGAAGGCUCUGGUGCUGGUGGAUGAUGUGUCAGCUGCGGCGCCUGCAGCCGCCCUCAAUCCUUGGGCUGCAGACGCUACGAUAGCUCCACCCAGCUAUGCAGAGGCCAUGCACAUACGCGAGGGUCUAAUCAAAUCCACCAAGCCCAAGCCCAAGCCCAAGCCCAAAGAGUUCAGCCCGUCCACCACGCAGACCAAGGAGAACUGCGCCUUCACACCGCUCUAUGCUGUCUUUCAUAUAAACAACCUGGCGGAGAGUUGGCAGGGCGAUAGAGCCGAAGAUAUUGAUCGUAGCACUUGGUUCUGAGAAC